GUAUUUAUGAUUGCAUGAACAUGUAUUACGCCGCUUUUUGUAAAAGGGAGUGUAUAACUCGCGUAGGGCGGCCUAGCGUCGGGGGCUAGAAGAAUCGGAGACCAUCGAUGGGGCCUCGACGUUUCCAUUUUUUAUUCUGAAAUAGCUAGCUAGGUAGCUAGCCAUCUGGGUUUCUGCCCUUUUACUAGUGGACGACCAGAGGUGUAUCACCUAUUGAUAACAGACGUUGUUAAGAGCUGGUAGAAAACACCCCUGUUGGACAUCACCAGCCCGACCAAAACCUGCCUCCAUACUCCUGGGCCUCCCCUCACACAGUCAAAACUGCAUCAAUACGUGCGAAGCAGCAGGAUGACUGAGGCGUGGCAGCAGCAGCACGCAGUGGCCCCCCCACCCACCGUGGUGCACAACCUCCCCCCGGGCUCCGACAGCGCCCUGGGCUGUGCCGUGUACGGGAUCGUCCUCCAGCCGGAUGUGGCCUCCCUCCAGCAGCAGCCCCAGCACGGCCAGCAGCAUGCCGUACCCGCCCAGCAGCCUUCCCUACAGGUAGGGGGCGAGGGAGGGCACAAGUGCGGAGCCUGCGGCCAUGACAUAUCCCACCUAGCUAAUCCACAUGAGCACCAGUGUAUGGGGACCGGGGAUCGGUCGUUCCAGUGUACCCAGUGUAUGAAGAUCUUCUGCCAGGCCACUGAUCUGCUGGAGCAUCAGUGUGUACAGGUGGAGCAGAAGCCGUUUGUGUGUGGCGUGUGUAAGAUGGGUUUCUCUUUGCUCACCUCGCUGGCACAGCACCACAACGCCCACAACAACGGCAACAACCCCAUGAAGUGUUCCAUCUGUGAGAAGACCUACCGCCCGGGCUCUGGCAACAACACCCCCACCUCCUCCGCUGCCAACCCGUCCACCGGCGAGGCCUCCAGUGGCGGGGCAGCGUGCGGAGCCUCAGCCCCUACGGCGUUUGAGGCUUCGGGACCAGACAGGCCCUACAAGUGCUCAGUGUGCCACAAGGGCUUUCGGCAUCUGUCUGAGCUGUCGCGACACGAGCGGGUGCACACGGGAGAAAAGCCCUACAAGUGUGACACCUGUGACAAGAGCUUCAGCCAGUCCUCUCACCUGGCCCACCACCAGCGCACCCACAGCUCAGAGCGGCCCUACAAGUGUGCUGUCUGUGAAAAAUGCUUCAAGCACCGCUCACACCUCGUGCGCCACAUGUACGCACACUCCGGCGAGCACCUGUUUAAGUGCAAUUUGUGCGAGAUGCACUUCAAGGAGUCGUCGGAGCUCCUGCACCACCAGUGCCAGCCCACAGUGACCUUGGACAGGCCGUUCCGCUGCGGCUCGUGUGGGAAGGGCUUCAAGCGGCCUUCGGAUCUGCGGCAGCACGAACGCACGCACUCCGAGGAACGUCCGUUCCAGUGCGAGGAGUGCCAGAUGAGCUUCAAGCAGCAGUACGCCCUCGUUCGUCACCGCCGCACUCACAAGAACCCAGCCGACCGGCCUUUUAAGUGUAACCUAUGUGACAAGGGUUUCCUGCAGCCCUCCCACCUGCUGUACCACCAGCACGUCCAUGGCAUGGAGAGCCUGUUCAAGUGUGCUUCCUGCCAGAAAGGCUUCAGCCAAUCCGGUGAACUGCUCCGGCACAAAUGCACCGGCUCAGGGUCGGCGUCUGGCUCCGUGACCGCGGCCACGCCGGCGGUGGAGAAGCCCUACAAGUGUGACGUGUGUGGCAAAGGCUACAAGAAGAAGUCGACGCUCCAGCGCCACCAGAACUCCAGCUGUCAGGAGAAGCCGCUGAAGUGCUCCCUGUGCAACCGACGCUUCCUGUCGCCGUCUGAGUUCGUGACGCACCGCUGCGACCCGUCCCGGGAGAAGCCCCUGAAGUGUCCCGACUGCGAGAAGCGCUUCAAGUAUUCCUCGGAGCUGCAACGUCACCGCCGCGUUCACACCGGGGAGAAGCCGUACAAGUGCUCCAGCUGCGACAAGAGCUUCAAACAGCGGGAACACCUGGUGAAGCACCAGGCGGUGCACUCGCGGGAAGCCCAGUUUAAGUGCGUGUGGUGCGGGGAGCGUUUUGUGAACCUGGGAGCCCUCCAGGAGCACACGGUCCAGCACACUGCAGAAGGAGGUGGUUAUCCUGCAGCCCCAUGUAUACAGUGAGCAGGUCUGCUGCUGUUGAGCGUCUGUACAGUGUGAACACACACGGUGACAUGGAACGUUGCCCGCCAGGCAUACAGCAACACUCUUCCUGACACCUUAUUUGUAUAUAACCACACAUUCAUUAUUUACAUUUAGUUACACACCCACAUAACCACCCCCCCCCCCUCCCUCCUUUUGCAUAAACAAUGGUAAAACUCUGCUUAAUCCUAACCAUGAAGUUAUUAUUGACACCUUCCUCGCACCAAGGUAAUCAUGACCAUGUUCUGCCGUUCAUUAGUGACUUCCAACUACCCAUGACCCAGAUCAACUGAAAACAGUACAUCAACUACCCAUGACCCAGAUCAACUGAAAACAGUACAUCAACUACCCAUGACCCAGAUCAACUGAAAACAGUACAUCAACUACCCAUGACCCAGAUCAACUGUGGUCACCUUGUUGGAUGCAGGAAAAAUGCAACUUGAAAAGGAUGUUCGAAUAUGAAAAGUCAUUGGAAAUGUAUUCAUGUUUGUAACAUCAAAUACUUAAGAAUUGCUUUUUUUUUUAAAUGGUGAGAAAUUAAAUGUUUAAGGAAAUUGUUGGGA